CUGCAAAUUAUUGUUAAUUACCUAGAUUACUACCUAUGAUACCUUAUUGACUUUUACUACCCAAAGUUAUGCUCCCGCCUUUAUCUAAUACACAAUCGAGUAGCCGGAAGAAUCAACUAUUCUGAACACUACCCCGAUAAGAAAGAUGGACGGGUUAAAAAGAUUAACAACCCUUUCCACAGAUGAUAACCGUUAUUCGAUAGUAAAUACACAGACUGCUACAUGCCUGUCAACUUAGUUACACCCAAGAUCCAGGUUGGAAUUAUGUUUGUGGUUCUAGAAGAAAAGAGUGGAAGCCAUAGAAGCGCAGGGGUUGCUCCGCUUUUGGCAACUUGGACGGCAAAGCUUCGAGAAUGUUUUCAUUCGUAUGGUCGAAUAAAUUGAUGUCAUUGUCGGUAAUGCCUGCGAAAUGAAGGUGCCGCUAGCAAGGCGCGGGAGAUUCCCAUGCCACGGUUCAAGCAACGAUCCAUUGCCUUGAACUAGUCUACAUAGUAAGGGGGACCAUGUCCGGAUAAGGCGCUCGGCCGAAGGGAUAAAGCAUAAUCAGAUCGAAAGAUUGUCAUAAUUGUUGAAAUACCUAAGGAGGGGAGAAAAUGUAACUCGCCGUAGUAAUUAUGCCGUGGAUAGUAUAGGGUAGCUAGACGUUCGCGGCGCCGUUAUGUACAUGUUCCUGUCCACGUAAUGUCGGACGGGGAUGGUUUCCAAAGAGAAAAGAUCCUUUCAAUGUUGGCAUGUCCGGGUCCAGCGCUUUUCUUCCGCUUCUCGAAAUCUUCCAGAAUCUUGCUCUGUUGGGGUUAGGGCCAAUUUCGGGCCUGUUUGGAAACCUCAUGCGCCGGGGUGCAUUGGCUGAUGGAACCCAUGCCUUUCCCCACAGCUAUCCAGCCAUCCAUACCGUACCAUACCGUACGUGCGGUGGCAGAGGCCACUCGAGAGGGUACACUGUCGAAAACGUGGUUAUGUAUCAUUUCGUGUCCUACUCUUACUGAGCAGCUGAAGAUAAGCGUGAUCACACGAGGCUAUAAGCUGCGGACAGCUGCGUUGUUCUCAGCUGGUAAUGCUGAUAGGAAUGCUACGCUAAUACGACUCGGUCUUUCUCCAUGAUCUCGGGGUUGAUUUGGAACUGGAGUACUGUAUGAGAUAGAGUGCGAGAAGAGUGUUACUGCCUAGAUGCCCUGGAUCUUCCCGGCAUUAUCUGCGUCUUCCCGUCGUGAAAAAAAAGUGACGUGUUAAGUUGGAGAUUCAUCUCAUUUGACGACGUCGAUAUGUAUACGACUGUUAGAAUCAAAAGUAAAAAUUCGAUAUCUGUCUAUACUCUGUUCUAAUUGGACAUGACCGUAAAAACACUUAAGAAAAAGGAAUAAUA